CCCGGAGGGGCGGGGCCUGCGGCGCGGGAACCCCAGCCCGCGCUGCCCGCGCUCCGCCAUGGCCCCCGCGCUGCUGCUGGUCCCGGCCGCGCUCGCGUCCUUCCUGCUGGCCUUCGGCACCGGCGUGGAGUUCGUGCGCUUCGCCUCCCUCCGGCCUCUGCUCGGCCGGGCGCCGGAGCCCGCGGGUGCCGAGGCGCCCCGGGGCUGGCUGGCCGCCUUUCAGGACCGCGGCGUCCUGGCUCCCCUGGCGUGGGAUCUGGGGCUCCUGCUGCUGUUUGUGGGGCAGCACAGCCUCAUGGCGACUGAGCCGGUGAAGGUGUGGCUGUCUCGGCACUUUGGGGUUCUGCAGAGGUCUCUGUACGUGGCCUGCACUGCGCUGGCCUUGCAGCUGGUGAUGCGAUGCUGGGAGCCCGUCCCCAGAGGCCCUGUGCUGUGGGCCGCUCAGGCCGAGCCCUGGGCGACCUGGGUGCCCCUGCUGUGCUUCGUGCUGCACGCGGUGUCCUGGCUGCUCAUCUUCAGCAUCCUCCUCGUCUUCGACUACGCGGAGCUCAUGGGCCUCAAGCAGGUGUACUACCACGUGCGAGGGCUGGGCGAGCCCCUCGCCCUGAAGUCCCCCCGCGCUCUGAGGCUCUUCUCCCACCUGCGCCACCCCGUGUGCGUGGAGCUGCUGACGGUGCUGUGGGUGGUGCCCACCCUGGGCACCGACCGGCUCCUCCUCGCCCUCCUCCUCACUCUGUACCUGGGCCUGGCCCAUGGACUUGACCAGCAAGACCUCUGCUACCUCCGGGCCCAGCUGCAAAGAAAACUGCACCUGCUCUCCCGGCCCCAGGAGGGCGGGCCCGAGUGAGGAGGAGCCUGGUGUCAGCCCUGCUCGCCUCUGCCCUUGGGAUUCAAACUCCUGGACUCGCUCAGACCAGAGGCGCCCUCCCAUGCACUCCACGCCCUCAAUCCCCAGUCCAUCCCACGCCCUCAGUCCCGAGUGUCAGCACUCCAGGCCCGCUCCUCGCCAGCCAGGAAGGGGGGGGCUUGCAGGUCUCACAGCUGUGGGCGUGACCCUCCUCCCCAGCCUCCUCAGGGAGAGGGUCCCGCCUGGCUACUCCCGGGCACUCGCCCUGCAUCUCGGGGUCCCCUUCGUCCCCUUGCGCCCCCUCCGCCUCGCACGACCGCACCUCGAGGCCCUGGUUCCGUCCUGCAGCUGAGCCGGGCGGACUGUGCCUUCAUUCGGUGACUAAGCCCGCCCUCCGAGGAGCACGCGUGGCGGGAAAAUAAAUCGCAGCCCUUUCUCUGCA